UCCUGAAGCCUCCUCAGCCCUCAAAGACCGACCAACAGACAGACAGACAGCUGGCAAGAGGCAGCCUGGGGGGACACAGCUGCUUCAGUGAACCUCAUGGCUGAGUGAGGCCCAGCACACCCUCCCCCCCAGCAUGGUCCAGGACCGUGGGGGGUGCUCCCGAGCACAGCUGCCGACCUGGUCUUCGGAGGCAGCCAUGACCCAGCCUCCACCCACCAAGGCACCGGUCAAGAAGCAUGUGAGGCUUCAGGAGAGGCGGGGCUCCAAUGUUGCUCUGAUGCUGGAUGUGCGGUCCCUGGGGGCUGUGGAACCCAUCUGCUCAGUGAACACACCCCGGGAGGUCACCCUACACUUUCUGCGCACAGCUGGACACCCCCUCACCCGCUGGGCCCUGCAGCACCAGCCACCCAGCCCCAAGCAGCUGGAAGAGGAAUUCUUGAAGAUCCCCUCAAACUUUGUCAACCCUGAAGAACUGGAUAUUCCUGGCCACGCCUCCAAGGACCGAUAUAAGACCAUCUUGCCAAAUCCCCAGAGCCGGGUCUGUCUAGGCCGGGCACAGAGCCAAGAAGACGGAGACUACAUCAACGCCAACUACAUCCGAGGCUAUGAUGGGCAGGAGAAGGUCUACAUCGCAACCCAGGGCCCCAUGCCCAACACCGUGUCAGACUUCUGGGAGAUGGUGUGGCAGGAAGAAGUGUCACUCAUCGUUAUGCUCACUCAGCUCCGCGAGGGCAAGGAGAAAUGUGUCCACUACUGGCCCACAGAAGAGGAAACCUAUGGUCCCUUCCGGCUCCGCAUCCAAGACACGAAAGAGUGUCCAGAGUACACUGUGCGACAGCUCACCAUCCAGCACCAGGAGGAGUGUCGGGGAGUGAAGCACAUCCUCUUCUCUGCCUGGCCUGACCACCAGACCCCAGAGUCGGCUGGGCCCCUGCUGCGCCUGGUGGCCGAGGUGGAAGAGAGCCCAGAGACAGCUGCCAACACUGGGCCCAUCGUGGUCCACUGCAGUGCAGGGAUUGGCCGGACUGGCUGCUUCAUCGCCACCCGAAUUGGCUGUCAGCAACUGAAGACCCGCGGGGAAGUGGACAUUCUGGGCAUCGUGUGCCAGCUGCGGCUGGACAGGGGUGGAAUGAUCCAGACCACGGAGCAGUACCAGUUCCUACAUCACACGCUGGCCCUGUAUGCGGCCCAGCUCCCUGAUGAGCCCUGCCCCUGAGCCCUGGAGCCCUCCACCAGCCCCGGAGCCAAAGUCCCCCAGGCCUGGGAAGGGGGGUCGGGCAGAGUGGGCCUCUGGAUCUGAGGGACCCCUUGGAUGGGCCCAGGGAAGAGGUGUCUCCUCCGGGGGUACACACAGUCACUGGGAGCUGCAUCAGCAAGGACUGGGACUGGACUCCAGGUCUUUAAGAUGGGCCGCUCUUCUGCUUCCUCAACUAGCCGCAGACGGACACUUGGGGGACCUCCCAUGUCUCUCUGACUUGCGAGCCAGGAGCCGGCACUGACCACAGAGCUGAGGAAGGAGCCCAGGAGUCCUGGUCUUGUCUAAAGUGCUCUGUGAGCUUCAUCUCUCGGUCUAGGACACAGACAUUAGGUGUUUUGCUCGCAUAGUUAAAAGCAAUCACAGAAGUUCCUAGAAGCCGCUCCACCUAGAUCCCCUUCCUGGGGCUGGCAAGACAGUGAUUCCCCAGCUCUUCCGCCUGGGGCCUCCCCAAGAAUAGGCCAGAUGCCAGAGCUGGGAAAAGUCUGGUCCUGACCAUAGCCAAGAUCUCGACAUCCCACCAGUGACUGCUUCUUCACCCAACAUCCGUGAGGUGGGCCGGACACCCCGCCCAAGAGAACAAGCCCCAGACGACCCCUGUGCCCACACUUGAGUUCCGGGUUCAGGCUACACAGGUGACCAGGCCAGGCAGUUGAAACCUCUGGAAGAGGGAAAGUGUGGGGACCCCUCAGAGGUCCAGAGGGCUACCCCUGCCAGCCACUCACUCCAGCUACUCCCUAGGGAGGCCCAUCAUCCUCUGUCUUUCUUCCAUGGCCUCGGAAGAUCCCUGGUAGCAGGAGGUACAAAAGAAGAAGGAGUGACAAAGAAACAAAGAGCUUGGCCUGACUUUAGAAAACCAGCCCCCCCGCAAUCCACCCCUUGCAUUUGCAGAAUGCACCUGGAGAGCCUGGCUGAGUCCACGAAUGAUGAGGGUGAACACAUUCCAUGCAGACCUGGGGGCUCAGACGAAAUUGGGGUCCCCAUGGUCUAUUCCAGAGAAUGAACUCCCUUCAGCAUCUCCGU